AUGAUUCCACAACACUCAAAACCCGUUAGCGAACCGCCCGGAUCGCCUGCUCUAGAAGCACUCUAUCAAGAUCUCGAUUCAUUUAUCAACGAACUAGCAGGAGAGUUACCUGAUAGCUUAGAUCACUGCAACAAAAAGAUGACUUUAAAUUUCGAUGAAUCAUCAGAAUUGGAUUCAAUUGCGAAAUAUGUCAAAGAUUCUGAACAAUCAGACUCGUGGUGUUCUGAUCACGAUGAUACAGUAUAUACUCGAUCCAGUAUAACAGAUUCAAUGCAAGAAUCUAUAGAACCAAAACCAAAACCGUUAAAAUCGACUUCUGAGGAAACAUCGUGGCGUAAACCUAGUAUUCAAUUGGAAAGAGAGAGCUCCGAGACAGACGAUGAUGGUUAUGAGAGCGAAGAAUAUCGAUGGACACCUCACCUCAAAAACGACAAUUCCAGUACCUUCCGAUCUGAUAACUCCCUCUCACCACCUAUAUCCCCUUCUUUACUUGGCAUCACUCAGCCACGUUCUUUUACAUUAGCAUCUAGAGAAACCGAACAAUCCGGUACAUCUUCCCAAAGCCUUUCUCAAGUCAGGAAGUUUACUCGUAAAAUUGGAACGCCUCAAACAGGAAUAUUUACUACUCGAUCAAGUUCACUAAACCGUCAAGCAUCUGAAUCAUCUGUCCGUUCGGGUGGAUUCUUGCCAAGUUUACGUUCAAACCAUAAAGGCUUCACUACUCCUACAUCGCCACUAGCUAUGAAUGUUCGUAUGGGAACAUAUGAACCGUUGUUGUCGGGUAACGAGACUUCAAUACAGAUGACAUUCCCACAUUACGCAUUUUUCUCCGAACUGGGAGAGAACUUUGUUUCAAAAGUUAUCUCCCUUACAGAGACUAGAAGAAUAUUUUCAUCGACUGAGUACCCAAAUAGUUUUACAGGAGCAGAAGCGGUGUUUAUUAUUCGCAUUCUUCUUCCUACGGGUUUACCAGAAGGAUUAUAUUCAAAGGUUGCAAGAGCGCUCAUGCACAUCAGACCUCCCCUGAUUAUUCCACUUGCCUACUCAGAGAAGUCGCAGCGACGAAAUACGCUUUACAACUCAUCUUCAGAAGUGUAUGACCUAGUGGAAGAAACUAUACAACAAGGAAUUCCCCAGGGAAUUUAUACCCCUCUUACACCUUGUUAUACAAAUACAUGCCUUCCUGGACAAGGCGGCUGCUAUUCAUAUUCUUGUCCAAACAGAGACAUCGAUAUGUCUGAUACCUCUGAUAAAUCUGAAAAGUCUGGUGGAUUAAAGCGACGGGACUCUGCUGCUUCAUCAAAAGCUUCAUCUUAUGAUGCGACCCUUUCGCGUGCCUGGUCUGCAACUGUAGCAAAAGAGGUCCUUCAAAGUACGCCUAGCGCUGAAAUUGGACGACAGGAAGCAAUUCAUGAAAUAAUUUACACUGAAGAAGAUUAUUUAUAUGCUCAACCUCUCCGUAUUGCUCCGUGCAUUGCAGAGGAUUAUCGGGAAGAGUUUUGCGAUAAUGUAUUCAACAACUAUCUUGAAUUACUCGACCUCCAUACAAAACUUUAUCAAGACCUUCGAGACCACCAGAGUUUAUGUCAAUCACAAGACAAUAGCGGUUUUGUUGAUCGUGUGGGUGAUAUUUUUCUCCGUCACCUUCCUGGAUUUAUGGCUCUUUAUUCAAGAUAUGGACCACAUGUUGUAUUGGCUGAGUAUGCGAUCAAGAAAGAAACACAGGACAACAUUCUGUUUCAAAACUUUAUUCAGAAUACAGAGCGCAAGGAAGAAUGCCGUAAACUUCCUUUCAGGCAUUUUAUUAUUCUUCCUGUUACUCGUCUCCAAAGAUAUCCUUUACUUGUUGGAGCUAUUUUAAAAAAGACACCUGAGGACCACCCAGACAAAAAGGAUCUCCUGGAGUGUUCAAAUAUGCUCAAGGCCAUUGCCAACAAAAUGGACUCUGAGACAGCCAACACCAAGAUGACUUUGAGGAUAUAUCAGAUAAAUGAUCACAUUCGUUACAAAACAGGAGAGCCUCACGAUCUGCAACUGACUAAAAAAGGAAGAAAGCUUUUGUAUGAAGGGAUAUUGACACGUCGAUCACAUAUGGUUGUAGAAUCAACAGAGCUCAGGGUUUUCUUGUUUGAUCAUAUGUUGUUAAUGACAAGAGAGAGGAAAGGAAACGAUGGAGAAGAUGAAUACCAAAUCUCAAAACGGCCAAUUCCUAUGGAAUUACUACACGUCCAAGAAGCCACAGAAGGAUUCUCGAUUGGCUUAAGGUCUAUGGCUAGUACAUACCCCAACGCUACAAGUCCCGGAUUAAACCUUGGUACAUCAUUCGGGAGCCAUUUCCCGAUCCUGAUCCAUCAUUUAGGCCGACUUGGUGGAGAUCAUCUUAUGUAUGCUGAAAGCGCAGAAGCAAGGAUGAAAUGGAAGCACAAAAUUGUGGAAGCAAAGAUAGCAAUGGAGAAAGCCAAUAGUGACCGAGAAGUGUUUACUAUCCGAUCUUUAAGAGACGCAUCUUUCAUUGGAUCUACAGGAAUAGGCAGUGGUGCAAAUCAUGGAAAGGUGACAUGUUCUGUACCAUUCUUAGGAGCAACAGGCUUUCAAAUGAUUGCAGUGGGUACAGUCAGUGGUAUUUGGAUGGGAAUGGAAGGAGACACAAAUGAUAUGCAACAGGUUCUGUCAUUACAAGAUGUUUGCCAAAUUGCAGUUCUCGAAGAAGAGCACAUUUUGAUGGUACUUGCAGACAAGACGUUGAUAGCAUAUUCACUUGGAGCACUUGAUCCAAAGUCACCGCAUAAAACAAAUGAAAAGCCGAACCAAAAGGUUGCCCAGCACAUCAGCUACUUCAACGCAGGCGUAUGUAAUAACAGAACUUUAGUUAUUGCUAUGAAGAAGCGAGGAACAGAUAGUCAUUUCAAAGCAUUUGAGCCUACAUGCGGCGAUCUCAGAAACCCAAGCAAUGCAAAAUAUCUCACUACAAAGACAGGUUUCUUUUCUAAAGCACCUUCUUGGUUUAAAAUUUACAAGGAAUUCUACAUUGGUACAGAUUCAUUUGCUGUUCAUUUCUUGAAAGCAAGAGUUGUGGUAGUAUGUUCACGCGGGUUUGAGAUCAUCGAUCUUGAAAAACUCAAUCUCAAUCGAAAUCUUCCCGAUCUCAAUAAUCCAGCCUUUGAAUUUGUACAAAUACGUGGUGAAGAUGUGAGACCACUCGCUAUGUUCCGCUGCAAGGAUCAUUACUUGUUGUGUUAUAACGAAUUUGCAUUCCGUGUCGACAACCAUGGCUCAUUUAUUGAAGAAAACUAUUCUUGUUUAACUUGGGAAGGUGAUCCUCAAGCUGUUGCAUUCUGUUAUCCUUAUGUGGUCGGGUUUGACUCACGAUUUGUUGAAGUCCGUGAUGUUAUCACUGGGGAGCUGGUACAAACUCUUGCUGGUGAACAUAUGCGAUGUCUGCAAUUCAGUAGCGAUGCACUGACACCUAUUAUACAUGGGUGUAUGGUACACCCUUUCAAGCCUGACUAUCAAUAUAUUUUCCAGCUCCAAGCAAAGUUCGCGCCGACUCUCUAAUAGACGCAUUCAAACGUAAAAUUUAUACACACAUACACAUACAAACUCACUCACUUACACUCACAAUUCCUUAAAAACGUCUCAUAUGGUGAAUAUACUAGCACUUACCCUUCUAACCCCAAAAAACGGCGUUCUUAUUAUAUUUAUCUGUGGUUCUUAGAGAUAUUAUUCAACCCUUUUCUAGUUGACCUCUUUCUAUAUAUUCAUUCCUUUGUAUUUAAAUAGCGUAUCUGCUUUAAGCAUCCCCUCCUUUUAAUUAUUGGUAUUACAAUAUAUAUUUUAAAAAAAUCGCUUAUACC